AGGGGAGACGAGAGAGAGGACAAAAGUAGGAGUAGCUUGCCAUCUUUUCUCAUUCAUUGGCUUUCAUAAUUAUUCUAUUCUUUGAGUAUAUUGAGUUUGUAUUGGAGACCAAUGGGACAACUCGAAACGGAAAAUGUGUGUCAACAAUUGUGGUUACGGAGAAGAGAAUUAUGUAGAUUUUAGAAGAAGAAGUAGUACUACACGACACAGCUAUUGAAUUAUAGACUACGGAAAAAUAUGAUCAAGAUUCAAGCUACUUGUAUUCAUCAAGAAAUUGAAAUUAUGUAAGAAGAAGAACAAGUCCGAGUUGUAGAUUUCUUCAUUUGUACAACAACUAAUGGGCAGCUGCAUGAUUCGUUUGAGUCGCGUCCAAGUAGGAUCAGCUCAGAAAGCACUGGCUGCUGGCGUGUUUUUGCAUUCUCGAUAUCGUCCUUUGCUUGGCACAGUUCGUGGAGUGUCAGCGCGAGGCCGUGAACCAGGACUAAGUGGAAGUGUGGGAGAAGGAUACGAAGAAAGAGGUAGUGGAGCGAGCGACUACGAGGACGAGAAUAUAGGUGAAACUACGUCGCGUGGAAACGAGCAAGCUUCUUCUAGUGGUCAAAACGACCUUGCUGGGCAGCUGGGUGUGGAAACUGAGACUGAAGACAAUUACACCUCCACUGGAGGAGGAAAUAACAAGAACGAAAUAUAUUCUACGCAGAAGUGUGAUGAACCACGGACGAGGAGUGCUGCUCGAUCGUCCACUCAACAAAUUGCCGGACGAGAGGACCAAGACGCACACACUAGCGAGCAAACCUGUGAUACACGUCCACUGCGAGAAGGAGGAAAACCAGUAGGAGAUCAUCUGCAUCUGGAAGCUGACACUAGAAGCAUUAACCCGUCUAUGAAAAAAAGACCACGUGGUCUUCAGCUUGAAGAGCAGCAAGAAAGUGUUGUUGAAGAAAACGAAACGAGCAGAACGAAGAGCCCCAGAAAGAUGUCGACGUCACCUUUCUCCCGACUUGUCGAUGCUUACGACUUUGUGCGAAAACACUACACGGAUUCACCUCAAGUAGUACCGAGAUUCCAAGACAGCGAGAGCAACUUGUCACAAGCAAGUCUCAAUCGGCAGAUGCUAGAAAUGUUGGAACUCUUAUGGCUUUCCUUUGUGAAUGCACUUGAACGACAAGAGUCAGGGGUCAGUGGAAGAAGUUGUAUCGUUGAACAUGAAGGGCUUUCUCUAAGUACUAUUCAUCUGUAUGAGACUCCGACUCCGUCUGAUUAAUACAUCUGUAUGAGAUUCUGAUUCCGUCUGAUUACUUAAUAUAAACCACAAGUUCAUUUACAUUUAGUAAUGCAAAUCGUUCUAACUUUUGCCCCCGGACAAACCAUCGCUGACUUGGGCUCUGGGUGUGGCAUCACCGCCAAUGCAUUCGCCGCCUUUGGCUGUGUGGUAGACGGGUUUGAGUUCCACAAGAAGUCCACUGAAAUCAGCAACCAGUUCGCUCAUAAGCUUCUAGGAGAAACGCUGAAGCUUGUCAGGAACGAGCAGGAACUACAGGAACGUGUGCGUUUCUUCCCAGGAGCAGUGAUUAUGAACAUGAUUCAACAGCAAAGACUUUAUGAAUUUUGGUAGGCCUGGAAGUCGGACAAAUCAAAAUGGUUGUCCUUUGGUCAGUCUAUCUCUAUAGUAGCUGGUCGUCUAUUUCUUGGCAUACAACUGUACUUCUGACACGGAGUAAAACACAGCUGUUCUUUGCCCUUCAUGAAAAACGACAAUCUUCCGCGUGACAAGCAGUAUGACAGGCUGCAUGGCGGCUACAUGAUGAACGCUGCGAAUGCCGAAGCGUAUGCGCGUGAAAAUCUGAAGCCAGGUGGCAUAGCAGUCCUCAAUGUUGGUGGGGAUGCCUAUCUUGGAGAUGUCUACAUAUUUCGCAAAGACGCAACUACAGGUAAGGUCACACACACAGCAACAGACAUUGGUGUGAUCUUUCAGCCUGAUGCGAAGCCUGGUAGAGAACAGCAAAAUGAUACUAGAGGGCUAGUUGGUUGCUAAUUUCAUCAUCUUCAUGACAUUGGCAACGUUUGUCAUAGACUCUUCAGUCACGUGUCAAGAUAUUGUGAAAGACCUCCACAGAGACCAAGAUGAUACUAGACCUAUCCGAGAAGGAUCCUGUUCUUGGCCUGCCUUUUUGAUACAUCUAAGUAUUGACCCCACAAAAUUUUUGAUUUCAAGACCAUGGGUGAGGCAGCACUAGAAAGCUGUUGUAGAAGCUUUACAAUCUGG